GGGACGGACCUUUGCCUGUUGCUACCAUCCAAUUCUUCCAUGGCAGAUCCUCAGAACGAUGUUCACUGUGACCACUGCUGCUCUGCUCUGCUCGAUGCUGCUUCGGGAACGUGCGUGGGAGGCAGACAAUAUCGUGCUGUUCCCGUUCCCGAUGUGUGUAGCCGUUACACCUGUUCACCAGCACAUCUGCAGCUUGCCCCUCUCAGCUCGAGUACGGCGGGAUCUCAAUUCCAGUAUCGGAGAAAGUUCCCUGUGCGAGCGUGGGAAGCGCACUGGAAUGUACGGUAGUUAUCAAUGGAGCAGCUGGGCCUUCCGGACUUUUGAAGGCGCUGCCAGAUGAUUUCUGGAUUGCAGGCCCGAAGAUUGUGCAGUUGUUGGAGACAAAGGACCUAAAUAUAUAUAAACUAGAAUGCGGUGGCGCCUCGUCUGUGAGGUUCUUUUUCCUGUCUCUGUCUCUGCGUCUGCCUCUCUCCUCGGUAACAGCAAUGCGAACU